AAUGAUCAAAAUCGUCUUAGCUCUAUUCUUUGUUGGAUGUUUGGGAAGUAGUGGAUAAAGUAGUGGAUAAUUCUAUACAUCAAAUUAAUGCACUUGUGAAUAAUUGUCUUUUUAGAGUGAUUGUACAACAAUGGGACCUUAAUGUACAUGGGAUGGAACUUCAUGUUCUACUCUAGACUGUGAUAAGAUAACUGAUUCUAUUGCAUGUGCUGCAAACUUAAAAUGUAUGUGGACAACAACAUCCAGUGGAACUUCCUGUAAGCCUUUUACCUUCUGUAGUCAAAUAUCAGGAGCCACUUAAAUGUAAUGUUUAUUAAGUUCCAAUAAUUGUCCAUUUACUAAUGGUACAAAGUGUGGUUCUUCAAAUCAACUUCAUUCUUGUUCACAUUUCACUGCCAGUUAAUAUUGUGAAGGAUAUAUUUCAUAAGAUGGAAUAUGUAUGUGGAGAGAUGGAGGAGGUUGUACUGCAGCAUAAAAUUGCACAUCAUUAAAUUAAUCAGAAUGCAAUUUAGCCAAUUAUGGAUGUAAAUAUACUAGCAAUACUUGUUCCCAAUUAUUAUGUAGUGAUUACACAACCUAACAAAGUUGUACCUUUGUCAUGAGUGCUAUCUAUAAAGGAGAUUAUUAAUUAUGUAGUUGGGAUUCUACUGCUGGAAAAUGUUAAGCUGCUUAAAAUUAUGGAGGAUUAGGAUAAGGAAACUGUUAUACAAUGACCUUGGGUACUUCUAGAUGGGUUUCUACAUCUACUGGAGGAGAAUGUCUAUCUUGUUAUGCUAAAAUUGCAUUAGCUUUUAUCACCACAUUAGUCAUUAUUAUGAUCUGAU